AUGGCUGGCGUUCCGUUCCGUGCGAUCACCGAAGCGGAAUAUGAUUUCAAAAAAGUGUUAGACCAUGUCGGUGGACUGGACGCUGCUGGAAAGAUUUCUGCGCUGGAGAAUUGGCUGGAGCACCAUGUCCGGCACGCCGCAGAAGAGAGCCGGGCAAUUUUUGCCUACUGGGGUCUGUUGAAGACCUGUAGUGCUGCAGAGGCUGCUCGCUGGCGAAAUCAGUUCGCCUAUAGGAAUACGUUGGACGACAUCGAUCGCAUCCAGAGGCAAAAUGCCGACAACGAAGCCCAAGCAAAGGGCUCAGUGGAGUCCCGCUGGCAAGGCUGGGACUGGAAAGUUCCUGCGCGUGGCGCGACGCCCGCGUAUUACAAUUUGAACAUUUUGAAGAAGCUCGUGACCUUGAGUAUCGCAGAGCCGAAUCUCGCGCCUGCGAUGGCAGAGCUGGGGAGGCAGAUUGAGUUGCGUCGGAAGGACAAGCACAGGAAGUGCUACAAGGGCUUCAUCCUUCAGCCCGUUGAUGUCGACCGGGCAGUAGACGCUGUGCGGCGGAGGCGGCAGCAGCAGCAGCAGCACCAACAGCAACAACAACAACAGCAGCAACAGAUGAGCGCUCGCGAGCCUCGCACGCCGGAGCAAGGUCGUGCAGAUCAGAAUGUCCCACGGCUCGACGCUCCCAGUUCUUCGAGCAUGUUCGAUGAUGAUGUACCCCCAUCAUCGCCGCCUCGGCUCUCUCCCCCCGGCCUCGAUGUCCAGCCUGCCGCCGAUGAAGAAGCAGAUCCAUUCGGCAUAGGGGCCGACAUGCUGGACGAUGACUUCGUCCAAGCAGGAGGUGACACUCCCUCGACGGUCGCCAUAGUCCCUCGCCGUCGCCGCCGUAAUGUUCCUGCUGGCAACAGGCGUCGACGCAGAAAUGCUGGCGACCUGCCACCCCCUCUCCCUCGUCGCCGCUCCGCUCCGCCCCCCUCUUCUCCGCCCCUCGUGCAAGGCACAAGCGCCUUCGCACAAAUAAUGACGCUAGCCCGCGAGCAGCUCGCUCGCACUCGUGAAGAGGCCCACCGCUCCGCCGGACGGCUUGAGGCCGUCACUGAAGCAGAAGAGACGGUUCGCCGUCUAGAAGAAAUCUUGCCGCAGUCUUGGCGCCGCUCGCCGGCUGUGAGUCGGUAUCGAGAUUAUUUUUUGUAG